AGAUUUAAUCCUUAGAAAGAUUAUUCGGUUAUUGUUCUUGUUUUCUAAAUAUAAUUUGGUAACAAUGAAGCUAUUAAUUCUCUUCUUCACCUUUAUUACAACUAUUACAAUGAUGAGAACUGGUAAAAUAACUGAUAGGAAUUUACGAAUAAUUGGAGGUUCGCCUGCAACGAUCCAUCAGUACCCUUUUGCUGCAGCUAUUGAUGUCCACACUUCGAGCAGUAAACACUUUUGUGGUGGUUCUCUGUACACGAAUCAAUUUAUCCUUACUGCUGGUCAAUGUGUCGAUGGAGCAAUUUUGUUUACAAUUUAUUUAGGUUCAGCAAACCGAUCAGACCCCAACAUCCAAACGGUGGCAGCUUCUGAUUAUAUUUUGCAUCCUGAUUACAAUCCCCAAACUUUAGACAAUGAUAUCGGCUUGAUAAAACUACGCAUGCCUGUCACAUUUACAGAUUCCAUCAAGUCUAUUAAUUAUUUGGCUCUUGAACCUUUGCUGCAAGCUCAUAAAGUUCGAGCAAUUGGUUGGGGGCAAACUAGUGAUGAAAAUGCGCAAUAUUCGGAUGUUCUCCAGUACGUUUAUGUGGCUCCGAUAAAGAAUGACUAUUGCAAAGAGAUUUACGGAUCACAAAUUACCGAUAAUAUGGUUUGUGUUGAGGGAAAUUACAACGAGGGAGCUUGUCAUGGCGAUACUGGGAGUCCUUUGAUAGAUGUUUACAGCAUUUACUACACUGUUCACGUCGGAAUUGCUAGUUUUGUCAGUGGAAAUGGAUGCGAGAGUACUGACCCAUCUGGGUAUACACGAACAUACAAUUAUGUUGACUGGAUUAAGAAUGUAACUUCGAUCUAGAUUCUAAGUCAAUGAACAUAAUAAAGCUUCUAACACAAAGAUA